CCGAAAAUAGAAUAGAAUUGGAUCGGAUCAUGGUGCAAGAGAUCCUGUAAAAUACAUCAUAUUUUAACUCGAAAGUCACCUAGAGGAGCGGCACGUAGCAAUGAAGUUGAAUGUAGAUGGGCUUUUGGUUCACUUCCCUUAUGACUAUAUCUAUCCAGAGCAGUUUAUGUACAUGCUUGAACUGAAAAAGCUUCUUGAUGCAAAGGGUCAUGGAGUUCUUGAAAUGCCAUCAGGGACAGGGAAGACAGUUUCUCUUCUGGCUCUCAUUGUGGCUUAUAUUCAGGCCAAUCCUCAUGCUCUUACAAAACUCAUCUACUGCUCAAGGACAGUUCCAGAAAUUGAAAAGGCAGUGGAAGAACUGAGAAGACUGUUGGAUUUCAUUGAAGAGGAGACUGGGGAAAAGCCUAACUUUGUUGGCCUUGCUCUCAGCUCCAGAAAGAACCUAUGUAUACAUCCUGAGGUAAGCCAGGAGAGAUUGGGUAAAAUAGUGGACAGCAAGUGCCAUUCCCUCACAGCAUCUUACAUCAGAGAGCGUCGGAAGCAUGAUCCAUCUGUGCCUACUUGUUCCUUCUAUGAGGAGUUUGAUGCCAGUGGUCGUGACAUCCCAAUACAACCUGGUGCAUACAGUCUUGAUGACCUCAAAGACAUAGGCAGAGAGCAUGGAUGGUGUCCUUACUUCUUAGCCAGAUACACGAUAUCUCAUGCUAACAUUAUUGUUUAUAGCUAUCACUACCUUCUGGAUCCUAAGAUCGCUGAACAAGUCUCCAAAGAACUCUCCAAGCAAUCUUGUGUUGUCUUUGAUGAAGCUCAUAACAUUGAUAAUGUUUGUAUAGAGUCUAUGAGUGUAAACAUCAGCAGAAAAACACUGGAUAAGAGUAGCCAGAAUUUGGAUUCCCUAACUAGACAUAUCAAUCGUAUCAAAGACACAGAUGCCCAGCGGUUGAGAGAAGAAUACCAGAGACUAGUGGAUGGUCUGAGAGAUGCAAGCCGAGCAAGAGAGACGGAUGUCCAUCUUAGUAAUCCUGUACUCCCUGAUGAAGUUUUAGAGGAGGCUGUACCCGGUAACAUCCGCACUGCAGAGCAUUUCAUUGGUUUCUUGAAGCGGUUUGUAGAAUACAUGAAGACAAGAUUAAGGGUCCAGCAUGUCAUCUCAGAAACACCAGCAUCGUUCCUCAAAGAUGUCUUCUCCAAAGUGUGCAUUGAAAGAAAACCUCUAAGAUUCUGUGCGGAAAGAUUGCAUUCUUUGUUGCGUACAUUGGAGCUUACCGACCUCCAGGACAACAUGUCUCCUCUAAUGGGUGUUGCAAGUUUUGCUACGCUGGUCAGCACUUACACAAAAGGUUUCAGCCUCAUUAUAGAACCAUUUGACGAUAAAACACCAACCAUCUCAAACCCAGUACUUCACUUCAGUUGCAUGGAUGCUUCUCUAGCUAUCAAACCUGUGUUUGACAGGUUUCAAUCUGUUGUCAUUACCUCAGGGACCCUUUCACCACUGGAUAUGUAUCCCAAGAUUCUUGACUUCAGACCCGUUUCAAUGGCUUCCUUCUCCAUGACUCUAUCACGCAGUAGCAUUUGCCCGAUAAUUGUAGCAAGAGGAAAUGAUCAGGUGACUAUAUCAUCAAGGUUUGAGAGCAGAGAAGAUGUAGCUGUGAUCAGGAACUAUGGCAAUCUCCUUGUUGAACUCUCCAGUAUUGUUCCUGAUGGAAUCGUAGCGUUCUUCACCAGCUACACUUACAUGGAGUCGGUGGUUGCCAACUGGUAUGAACAAGGGAUCAUUGACAGCAUACAGAAGAAUAAGCUUCUAUUCAUUGAGACGCAGGAUGCUGCCGAGACCAGUAUCGCACUCAACAACUACCACAAGGCUUGUGAGAAUGGCCGAGGUGCUAUCCUGCUGUCUGUAGCUCGGGGCAAGGUGUCCGAGGGAAUUGAUUUUGAUCAUCACUUUGGGAGAGCAGUGGUGAUGCUUGGUAUACCUUACGUCUACACACAGUCCAGGAUUCUGAAGGCUCGUCUGGAGUACCUGAGGGAUCAGUACCAGAUCAAAGAGAAUGAUUUCCUCACGUUUGACGCAAUGAGGCAUGCAGCACAGUGUGUUGGAAGAGCUCUUAGAGGGAAGACAGAUUAUGGAAUCAUGGUCUUUGCUGAUAAGAGAUACUCAAGAGCUGAUAAGAGGGGGAAGCUGCCCAGAUGGAUCCAGGAGUACAUGAAAGACAGCGUUCUAAAUCUAUCAACAGAAGAAGCCGUGCAAAUCAGUAAACGAUUCCUACGUCAAAUGGCCCAGCCUUUCAAGAGGGAGGACCAACUUGGGAUGUCUUUACUCACUCUUGAACAACUAGAAUCAGAAGAGAUGAAGAAGAAGCUAGACCAGACUGUUCAUCAAGUCUGACAUGGCAGUGAAAGAACAAUCAGCAGUUCUUGGUUCAAGUGCUUGUAGACUUGCUAAGGAUCAAAGAGUUCAGAAGAUUACCUGGUACUGAAGCAACAAGGAUCUGCAAGUCUUGUCCCUCUUGUUAUGGGUCUGUUCGCUUGAUCAAAGAGUUUGGAAGGUCUGGCAUGGUACAGAAAUAAUAAUCGGCAAGUCUUGUUACUCCUUGGUUAAGAGACUGCCGACCUGGUAAGGAUCAAAGAGUUUGGAAAUCUGGCGUGGUACAGAAACUUCACAGAUCGGCAAGUGUUGUCAGCCACUUUACAGUAACAAGUCUAAAGAGGUCAAGAAAAAAAUAAGCUUAAUUAUUGACCAUGCUGAACUAUUUGGCAUAGCAUGGUAUUGAAUGUCAAGGACUAGUGAGUCAUGUUUUUUCUAAGACCAGAGCAAAGGCUGAACCAUACAGUUCAUCUAGUCUGACAUGGAACUUGAAAGGCAAAGAACACCAUCAGCAUGGGCUGUAUCUGAAAGCAUAUGAACAGCAAGAAUCAGAUGAGGUGUAAAAGAAGUUGGACUGAUGCAUUUGUCCUAAGGGUAACAUUCAUUUGAAAAGACAAAUACAGCACCAAUACAAGUUAUUUGUUAAAACUCUUGAACAGCAAGAGUUGACAAAAUGAAGCAGAACUUGUACCAAUGCGCCUCAAGGUUUGACAUUGAAUCAAAUGUUUGUUGAGCUGUUGAAAUCAUUUGCAAGGCAAAAGAGACACCUUGAUAUUUUGUAUAAUGGAAAAUGGUUUGGUGCACACGCUCCUUCUCUUCUACCUACAACUUUCUAUAGGACUUGACUAAAUUAUCAAGUUUGAUGACGAUAAUAAUGUCUGCACCCACUAGGAAGUCUUAUUCUGGAUUUCCCAUUAUUUCUCCCAUCUCUGUAUUCCAUUCAAUCUUCUUCUCUCUAUUUCUCCUCCCUACCCCCCCUUGUUCUUCCAUUUCUCAUUUCCUAUACCUUCGUGUUGGUUUAUUUCCUUUGUACCGUAAUCCUGUCUCUCCCCUUCUCCCAAUUCUGUCUCAUCCCCUGCC